GUCUGCGGGCGAGCGAGCUGCAUAUUCUCCAUCCGAGCACGUACUAAGCAACGUGAUGAACGGGCUCCGCUAGCAGCCACUACAGCUGCUGACAAUUCCGCCCGGGCUCCCACUCUCUCGCCCUCUCCAUCCAAAUCCUAUAUCAAUCUAGCCAGGCAACCGGCUCAUCGAGGUAGUCAGGACCGGAUCGGGCUGCGGACGGGGGAUGCUGCUGUCGUUGCUGUUGCUGCCUCCGCCUCUAUCCCUGCCGAGGUGACAUCUUUCCGCUCCGCCAGCCUUGGAUACGGCAGUGAAGCAGCCUCUCUCCACGUUCUGAACUUCUCGUCUCAGUGAUUUUUUUUCUCCCCCCCCCCGGAUUGGGGAGUGGGUGGGUUUUGAGUUCCGGGCGGAUCCAGCUGUAUGUGUCUGGAUGUGUGUGUGUCUGUUUGUGCGUGCGCGGAGGAGAGGGGAGAUUUCUCGUUGAGAAAUGUUGCAGCUCGAAUAAUUCGUCGCUGUUGAAGAGGAAGCCGAGUUCGCCGGGAGCUGAUGCCUCCGAGUCCGCUUUUUCCCUGCUGGGUGUGUGAACGACUGCCGGAAUGGACCGGAGACUGGAUGGAUUUAGCUGACCUGCGAUCGAACGUGUUCUCGUAAUUGCUCUCCAGGGACCAGUGCGAGUUACUUUUAAACAACCACGGCGGCCGGCAAAAAGCUCUCGCCUGUUACGGUAUAACACGGAUUCCUUCUUCAUGGGCUGGCUACACGCUCCGUCCCGAAGAGAGGCGGGCGCUGCCCCACUCCAUUAACCGUUAACACCGACGCCUGACUCUACCUUGGACUUGAUUUCUUCAAAUUAAAAAAAAACGCAGCGUUAGAUUUUUCUCUUGGUUAAUCCCACCUAACUGGGGAGCGAGGGGAUCACGGACGCUGGUCUCCGGGAUUGCUGAACAGUCCGCUGAAGGCUGGAUAUGUUAACGUGAAGAUGGAUUUUGCUUAUAUGCUCUCGUGGUUGCUUACAGUAGUACUAGAAGGCAUUUCUGCCCAGGGGGUGUACGCUCCACCGACUGUAAGCAUCAUGCACUCUGGUCAAGCAUGCAACAUUGAGGAGGAACGAUAUACAGAGAGAGUGUACACAAUUCGGGAAGGAGAAACCUUGGAGCUUACCUGCCUUGUUCGAGGCCACCCACGGCCACAGAUCAGAUGGACCAAAACUGCAGGAAGUGCCUCAGACAGGUUCCACGAUAACAGUGUCUUCAACGAGACCUUGAGGAUCACCAGAAUCCAGCGUCACCAGGGAGGCCGCUACUACUGCAAGGCUGACAACGGCUUGAGUACCCCUGCAAUCAAGUCCAUCAGAGUAGAUGUUUACUAUUUGGAUGACCCUGUACUAACAGUACAUCAGAGUAUAGGUGAAGCAAAGGAACAGUUUUACUUUGAAAGGACUGUGUUCCUUAGGUGUUCAGUCAAUUCAAAUCCACCCGUCCGAUACAGUUGGCGUCGAGGAAGAGAAAUGCUGUCCCAAGGAUCAGACAAGGGGGUUGAAAUCUAUGAGCCAUUUUUUACCCAGGGGGAAAUAAAGAUCCUGAAAUUGAAGAAUCUUCGGCCCAAGGAUUAUGCAAAUUAUAGUUGCAUUGCGUCAGUCAGAAACGUUUGUAACAUUCCCGACAAGAUGGUCUCAUUCAAGCUCAGCAACGCAACGGCUUCCCCCUCCAUCAAGCUGUUGAUUCCUGAGCAGAUAGUCGUAAACCCAGGAGAUUCAGUAUCAAUGGUGUGCGUCACAACAGGAGGAGACCCCCCUCCGACCCUCACCUGGAUCAAAGCAAUCGGUUCUCUUCCUGAGACAAGUGUGCUGAAUGGAGGGACUCUUACACUGCACUCUAUCAAUGUUGACGAGGCCGGGGCUUACAGUUGCCUUGCUAACAACAACGUGGGCAACCCUGCUAAGAAGUCCAGCUCAAUCACUGUAAGAGCGUUGAAAAAGGGGCGUUUUUGGAUUACCCCGGAUCCGUACCACGAUGAUGAUAACAUUCAGAUUGGCCGGGAGGUCAAAAUCUCCUGUCAGGUGGAGGCCAUUCCCCCGGAUGAGCUGGCAUUCUCCUGGUUCAAGAAUGGACGUCCGCUUCGGAGCUCGGAAAGGAUGGUUAUUUCCACAACGGAUCUCGAUGUCUCGCCUGGCACAACCAGCCUGGACAUCAUCGACCUGCGGUUCACAGACUUUGGGACGUACACUUGUGUAGCCUCGCUGAACAGCAAGGUUGUACCUGACAUCAGUAUUGAUGUGAAUAUCUCCAGCAGUACAGUUCCACCAACGCUAUCCGUCCCAAAAGGAAGGUCUCCAAUGGUUGCUCGGGAAGCCGACACAGUGGAACUCCAAUGUUUGGUUUCCGGGAAGCCCAAGCCCAUAAUCCUUUGGUCGCGCUAUGAUAAGGAAAAGGAAAAGGAGCUUCCGAUGCCGGAUGGCUCCAUGCAAAUGGAAACUUAUGAUGGAUUACUGCGCAUUGUGAAUGUGUCCAGGGAUAUGAAUGGAAUAUACAAAUGCCAGACGAGCCAGUACAAUGGAUUUAACGUGAAACCGCGGGAAGCGGCUGUGCAGCUCAUCGUUCAAUACCCACCCAGCGUGGAGCCCAUGUUUCUGGAGAUUCGGCAGGGCCAAAACCGGAGUAUCACCAUGACCUGCAGAGUGCUGAAAGCGUAUCCAACACGUGUGCUGACCUUUGAGUGGAAACUGGGAAAUAAGAUUUUAUUAACGGGGCGCUUUGAGUCCCAAGAUUAUACACAGAUCAGAGUGGACAAUCUCUCCAAAGACAGCUAUGGAGUUUACAACUGCAGCAUCAUGAACGAGGCAGGUGCUGGCACGUGCAGCUUCCUUGUCACAGGUAAAGCUUACUCUCCUGAAUUCUACUACGAUACACCCAACCCUCUUUGGCAAAACCGAGCCCGAGUCUAUUCCUACAUGCUGCAAUGGACCCAGAUGAAUCCGAACGCUGUUGACCGUAUCCUAGCGUAUCGUUUGGGCAUUAGGCAGACUGGCCAACAGCGCUGGUGGGAGCAGGAAAUGUCCAUGAAUACAAUGAUCCAGACGGGAGAGUUAAUCACCCACAACCUCACUGAACUCUUGAAGCCCGAAGCCUACGAGGUCCGCCUGACACCCAUUACACAGUUUGGAGAAGGCGACUCCACCAUCCGAGUCAUUAAGUACACCGACGCUCCCAUGACAAAUCCACAUUUGGGAGAAUUCAACUGUGCAUUUGAAAAUGAUAAGAUCUGUGGGUUCACUCAAGACCGGAUCGAUAAUUUUGACUGGACACGGCAAAGUGCUUCAACUAGGAAUCCAAAGUACACUCCAAAUACGGGACCAAGUGCUGAUCGAAGUGGCUCCAAGCAAGGAUACUACAUGUAUAUAGAAACCUCUCGCCCUCGAAAGGAAGGUGAAAAGGCUAGGCUUCUGAGUCCUAUUUUCAGCACACUGCCUAAAAAUCCAUACGGCUCAACAAACAGUGCUUACUGUGUCAGCUUCUACUACAACAUGUAUGGAAAGCAUAUAGGUACUUUGAAACUUUUCCUACGAUUCAAAGGAUCGACCAUAACCGAAAAUCUAAUCUGGAGUAUGUCCGGCAACCAAGGGGAUCAGUGGGUUCAUGCAAGUAUCAACAUCAAUCCAAGUGGAACUUUUCAGCUGAUAUUUGAAGGCAUUCGAGGGCCUGGCAUAGAGGGGGAUAUUGCGAUCGAUGACAUAACCGUUACAGAAGGGGAGUGCCGGAAAGUCGACCAGCCUCGCAACAACUUGAAAACUGGUGGCACAGUUUCCGUAUUAAUACAUAUAUGGCUGUUUCCAAUCACUCUUCUCAUCGCCAUGUUAAGCCAUCGAAGGUGACCUUACUAUGGCAGAGGCUGUGAAAGGAUUCAUCAGGCAUUGCACAAAGAAUGAGUCUUUAUACAUGGACCUUUAAAAAAUUUUUACCAAAGAUUCAUCAGCUGACUGCAGAUUCCAACAGUGCGAUUGGUGAUGAAAAGCAUCAUGGGAGUGAGAAGGAUGCGAGAUUUGAAUUAAAAAAACAAAAAUGUUCCAUGAAAAGUCGUCAGCCCAAGAAAGAUUUUUUUGUUGUUGCUUUGGAAGGAUUUGAAAAUACAACUGCAUCUUGACGGGCUCCAAGCGAGCUAAGAGAUUUUGACAAAGCACAAAGAUUUAGCUGCUUUUAUUACAGUUGAACGGAGAUGCUUAUCAACAUGAGAUAUAAUGGGCGGCCAACAAAAGAAAAAUUCCUACUGAAAACAGGGUAAAAGAUCUGCUGACAAUUACUCCCCUUGAGAAAUUUUCAGCAAAGCAUUAGAAAACUGUGGGGCCUUGUCCUCAGCUGUUCAUUCUGCUGUGAAUACUUGAUCUCACGAUUGUCCAUAGCAAACAUUUAAUUUCUCUCCUGCCCCCUUCACUGUCAACUUUGCUGUGCUUUAUUACAUGUUUGGUCUCUCUGCAUGCAUUUCUGCCCACUGUAUGUGAACUGGGCACAAAUAGUACAUGGGCUAAAUAGAAGUUUGCUUGUGGCCAUAAGAACACAACUGGUCAUAUGUCUGAAGUGAGAAAACCAAACCACCAUGACAUGCCAUAAAACCAAGUGCCUUCAAUUUGAAAAAAAUAUAUAUAAAAUUGCCUGAAUCACUUAAAUAGAAAACACUUUGCACUGCUAACAUUGGAGUGUGUGUGUGAAACCUUUUGUAUAUAUAUUGCAGAUGAUUCCUACAAUUAACAGGCAAAGCAAGCAACCACUGUAUGGUUCCUCCAAGCAGAGACUCGAGUUACAAUCGAAGUCCUUGGGCAAGGCAUUCAUUAAAGCCAUCAAGGUGGCCGCAGCCUGUGAGCAUGUGAUUCUGUGGAAAGUUAACUUCCACCAGUUAGGCUGAUAUGGGAGCAUCUCGUUGUACAGUGAUUGCAUAAUGCGAUGACCAGAGAAAAGGUCUAUACAGGAGUGCACAGCCCAGAGAAUUCAAUCAGAUGAUGGACUGUACUUAUUCACAGUAACCUCCAUUCAGACUGAACAAUAGGCAAGCUGUACAAGAGUAUUACAGCAACAAAACUGUGCUGAAUAAUCCUGCAAUGUUUAGGCUUGCAAGCACCAAGUUUUCUUUCGGACUCAAGACUUGACUGAAGACUGCAAGAAGGCUACAUGCCUCUGCCCCAUUAUCCAAAUCUGUGCAGAUUGCUACAUCUUAUUUUGUUACUUUUGUGGGCCUGGAAAACAUCGUGCAGCCUUUUGGAGCUCAAAAAGGACACGGUCACAAUGGAGUCACAGGAAAACACAUCAGACCUUAGUCACAUGGUCUCAAACUGUUCCCAACCAUCCUUCAUCCUGCUGGUUUUAAAAUUCUUAGAUUUUUUUGUUUAAAUUAUUUGAUCUUUUAAAUUAAUUCAAGAAAUACUUUUUAGUCUAAAAAUUGCAUAAUUGUACUCUAUGAAAUCCCGAGUAUUGACAAAAAGAAUCAUAUGCAAAAAUUUGGAUUUGAAUUAUAAAAAAUUGACAUUGGAGCAUUAAUGUGAUUACUGAGUAUUGAUAUAAAAAGCACAAGAUGUAAUAAACAUUGAUGAGGCUUGAACUUUUAUUUUAAAUUCCAUGGAAAGUUGUCCAUAUUCAAGACAAAUGGCUGCAGAGAUGAUUUUACAUCCAUGUUCAAUAAACCUCUUUUCAGGUAUGGUGUGACUUAUUGCAUGACUGAUUGCUGUUAUGGGAGAUUUCAGAUAAAACAGGAAGAUAAAAUUCAACUAGUUCCCAAACCUGCAAACUCAUUCUUGAUGGGCUGAAUUCCGUUGCUGAUUCCUGCAGCCACCUUCACCCCUGGUGUAUUGUAUUUGGUGUGAAUUUCUUCUAAUUUGCUCUUCAAACCUAUCUCUGUACUUUUAACAAGGUUUCUUUACCACAUUAUCUUACCCGAUAUGCAAUCACAGAUCACUUGCAUUCUUCAAUCCAGCUAUGCACGUAACCCUCAUCUAUCAUUUUUAUUUGGUCUUUUUUGAUUAAAAGUAAUGUUUAGUUUACCAAAUUUGUCAGUUCAGUUGAAAUAGUGUUCUUCUUAUUCAAUAAUAGCAAUAACCACCCGUACUUAAAAGUAGUGUUAGUGAAAGAACAUUUCCUUUUAUGUUCCUGUCAUAUGUCGGAGUCACUACAAACAUCUUUCUCUGUGUGUUCUCAGUUGAAAAUUACAUGUUUUUGUUUUCUAGCUGGAAUUAAUCACAAAAAAUGAAAAACCUAGUAAAUGCAGCAAAUGAUAACACACAAUAGUUGGAGCGUACACAAUACCAUGUUUUUUUUUUUUAUCAGUCUUUUAAAACCCCGUUGGCGUGGACCAGUAGUCGCAUUGAAAUUGCAGUUAUCACUAUUCUCAGGCCAUUUAUACACCUAUAUUAAAAAUUGUAAAGCUCAACAAGUGCAUUGUGUCCUGUUUAAUUAUUCUGAGUAUUUCGUUCCAUAGCAAUAUGAUUUUAAGGUUCAUUGUCAGCCAAUCGCAGUGGAUCAAGGAAAACCAAUAUAGCUCAGGCAAUUGCCCGACGCAUUGGCAACGUACCUUCCAGACUGACAUUCAAAGAUCUUGGAGUACAAAUUCGCCAAUUGAGAAAAGAACAGGAGGGAGGGAUACUUAAAAGAGGCCUUUAAAAUUAUGUAAAGUGUUGGUUGUCAUUGAAUGAGCAUAACAAUAGGCUACCAAUAUAUAAAAUUAGCAAAAUAAACAAUAGAAAAUACUGAAGAAACGUCUCUACAGAAAGAGUAGCAGGAAUGUAGAACUUGGAGAUACAAGGUGUGAUUGGUUGAAGGGAUGAGUAUGGGUGCAUUUAAGAGGAGGUUGGACAAAACAAAAGAUUGAAAGGAACAGAGGGUUAGGCCGAUAAAGGAGAAACGAUAGGAGGUGGCUUAAGUAAAACAUAAAUUACUGACAUAGCCUGAUUAAGCCAAAUGGUCUCUUUCGAUGGCACUAUGUAGUCUGUCUAAAGUGGUUUCAGCAGAAAAAGCUUUCAAGUUAAGAUGUAAUGAAGCCCAAUGAAUUGAUCACCGGUGCUUGAAUUAUACUGAUUAUAUUGUUAAGAUGCAAAUGAUACCUAUGGCAAUUCUUCAUUAGCUCCCAUGCCCGUGCAUCUCAGGCCCUUUUUUGAUUUAUUGUGCAUUUAAAGCAGUAUUUCUAAAGCAAAAUUAACUUUUAUUUCACUUUUGUAAGCGAACUUCAGAAAGCAAAAUAUUGUGAACUCUACAUACAUGUCAUAGCUCAAAAAGCAAUUGUC